GCUAAAGUUAAAAUAUAGAAUAUAUAAAUUAAAUAAAAGAUAAUUUAUGUAAUUAUAAUUUAUGAAGUCUGACGGCUGGAAAAUUAUUUGAAAAUGGAAGAAACAAAUUAUAAGUUGAUCGAAUUUGGCAACGGGCUUUGUUUUUAUUUAUCAUGGUUGCGCUCGUUUUUCUUAAGAUAUUCUGUGUGAGAACUGUCAACCAUUUCAAUUGAAAAUGACAUUUAUUUGUUUGAAAUUCGAUAAAUAUUCUUAAGCGAAAGAUUUUAAGAUCAGUUAUUUUGUUAUAUGUAAUCUUCUAAGGUUGAAAAUUCAAGUUUGCAGGAAUGUCACUUCGACAAGCUUUCAAAUCUAAAUUUCGAUCAGAGAAACCUGAAAUUGAUAUGAUGGCUACACCUACUAUUUUACAGACAUUCCCAUCAGAGGAACGUCUUUUAGAAGAAGUUCCAGAUGAGUGUCCUCAUCCUGAUAAGGACAGUGAAGAUUCUUGUAGUGCUUGUUAUAAAUCACAGUUGGCUCAGUUGCAGGAGCAAUUGAUUUCAGUUAUUUUGGAAAAUCAGCAACUUGUAAAUGAAAAAAGCCAAAGUCAAAGUAUGACAGAACAACUAAUGAAGCAGCUUGAAAAAGAACGAGAGCGAUCUCGCAUGUUAUCCGAAAAACUGCACGAGAAAGAAAGUAGCAGCUCUCUUAGCAGUAAAUCUCCUAGGUUACUGGCAAGAUUUUAUUUCAGAAAGUGCAUGAUGUUUCUCUAUUUUAUGAAACUAUAUAUAUGUAUAUAUAAAAUGAGAGGUCUGGAGUCAUGAAAUAAAUACCUUAUAAUGAGAUCACUCCUGCUUUGAGCCAUUUGGUAGUGAGUUAAACAUUAAGAUACAAAGUCGCUGAGUUGCUAGUACUGUUCUUCAGGAAUGGCUGCCUAUUGACUUUUGUAGUAUG